UCACUGAUGAAUAACAUGCUGAAUCCGGAUGCUAUUUUUUCAAACAAUGAAAUGAGCCUGUCAGAUAUUGAGAUUUAUGGUUUUGAUUACGACUACACAUUGGUCUUUUAUUCUAAACAUCUGCACACACUGAUCUUCAAUGCUGCUCGAGAUCUUCUUAUUAAUGAGCAUCGGUAUCCUGCAGAAAUAAGAAAAUACGAUUAUGAUCCAAAUUUUGCCAUUAGAGGACUUCAUUAUGAUGUGCACCGGGCGUUAUUAAUGAAGAUUGAUGCUUUUCAUUAUAUUCAGCUGGGAACAGUUUACAGAGGCCUCAGCGUUGUCCCAGAUGAAGAAGUCAUUGCAAUGUAUGAUGGUUCCCAUGUCCCUUUAGAACAAAUGAGUGACUUUUAUGGAAAGAGCUCACAAGGAAAUACAAUGAAGCAAUUCAUGGAUAUAUUUUCCUUGCCAGAAAUGACACUCCUUUCUUGUGUGAAUGAAUAUUUUCUGAAAAACAAUAUAGACUAUGAGCCUGUUCAUCUCUACAAAGAUGUCAAGGAUGCAAUCAGGGAUGUCCACAUCAAAGGAAUAAUGUACAGAGCAAUUGAAGCAGACAUAGAGAAAUACAUCUGCUACGCUGAACAAACACGUGCAGUAUUAGCAAAGCUGGCUGACCAUGGCAAGAAGAUGUUUCUCAUCACAAACAGUCCCAGCAGCUUCGUGGACAAAGGCAUGAAGUUCAUAGUUGGCAAGGACUGGAGGGAUCUCUUUGAUGUGGUCAUUGUACAGGCUGAGAAGCCGAACUUUUUCAAUGAUAAGCGAAGACCGUUUCGGAAGGUGAAUGAAAGGGGAGUGUUGCUUUGGGACAAAAUUCACAAGCUGCAGAAAGGUCAGAUUUACAAACAGGGUAACUUAUAUGAGUUUUUGAAGCUUACUGGCUGGAGGGGCUCUAAGGUUCUCUACUUUGGUGAUCACAUCUACAGUGACUUGGCAGAUUUGACCCUGAAGCAUGGCUGGCGCACUGGUGCAAUUAUUCCAGAGUUACGGUCAGAGAUUAAGAUCAUGAACACAGAGAAAUACAUUCAAACCAUGACCUGGCUGCAAACCUUGACAGGAUUACUGGAACAUAUGCAGGUUCACCGUGAUCCUGAUUCACAAAUGAUUUUAGAAGAAUGGAAGAAGGAAAGAAAGGAAAUGAGGGAGAUGAACAGAAAUUUCUUCAAUGCACAGUUUGGAAGCUUAUUCAGAACGGAUGAGAAUCCAACUUAUUUCCUAAGACGUCUGUCUAGAUUUGCAGAUAUCUACAUGGCAUCAUUGAGUUGUCUCUUGAACUAUGAUCCUGAUUACACAUUUUAUCCAAGAAGGACUCCUUUGCAGCAUGAACUUCCUGGCUGGUCAGACCAGCUGUGCACUGGUACAUUCAGAAUACCUUUCCUACAAGAGACAGUUCAGAUGAAAUAA